UCAACUAUUGUUGUGUAAAAUGUUGGAGCACCGCUAAAUGCAAAAAUUGAGAAAUAUGUAAUAAAAUGUUCUUAUAAAAGCAUUUUUACAUUUUACAUAUACGUUUAGUGUUAAUAGAAUUAUCAAUUAAAUACAUCUUGUUCUGUAUUUGAUUUCGAUUUCCUAACCACAAUCAGUGACAUGAUACAUACUGUGAUUGCUGAAAAAUGAUGUCUGAAACGUUUAAUCGUAAGUUAUUUUAUAACACAGUACUGUCUCAAACUUUUUCUCCGGAUGGAAACUAUUUGGCAGCUGGGAAUAUUUAUGGAGAUGUAUCUGUUUUUGAAUUAUCAAAAGCUCUAGGGCCACAUAAAGUGGAUGAAAAUGAAUUACAAGGGCCUACGUAUCAGUUUACUGCUCAUCCUGAUCAACAGGUAAUGAGUAUGGUAUCCACAGAUAAUUUUCUAGUCACUGGAACAUCUGGAGAAGUGCAUGGAUGGAAUUGGAAAAUGGUUACUUCUAGUAAAGCAACUAAAAUUAAGGUUUCGUGGACCGUUCAGCUACCUGUUAAUAAGGACAGUUAUGAAAAGCCAGAUGUUAACUACUUAGUAUAUUCUAAACAAAGUAACCUGUUGUAUGCUGGAUGUGGUGAUAAUAAUAUUUAUGUAAUUAGUUUGGAAGAUGGUAGAAUUGUACGAAGUUUACAAGGGCACACAGAUUAUAUUCAUUGCCUGUCACUGACGGGCAAUCAACUAGCAUCAGGCGGGGAAGACGGAACAGUCAGGUUAUGGGAUUUGCGUAAAAAAGAAAAUACUAAUAUACUGACGCCACAUUUGGUGAACAAAGUUGCGCGAUCUUGGUUGGGCAAAUGGAUUGGCGCUGUGGAUUUCACGGAUGACUGGCUGUUAUGCGGAGGUGGACCAAGUUUGUCGCUGUGGCACAUGCGUACGAUGGAAGCAGCUACCGUGUUCGAAUUACCGGACGAGGGGAUUCACGUGGCGAAUAUUUAUGAAGAACGCGUGAUUGCUGCUGGAGGAUCGCCGCACGUCUAUCAUCUAACAUACCAAGGGGAGAUGUUAGCCAAAGUGCCGACUUCUAGUAACACAGUAUACACCAUUGUUUACCAAGAAACUCCUCAGAAGGCGCUCAGUAUAGGCGGUUCCUCGAACAAUCUUGACGUAUGCACGAACUUUAAUUAUCGUGAACUAAUGUUGAAGUUUGUGUAGCAAAGCAUGUACCGGAUCAAAUCCAAAUUACCUCUUGAUCAACAGGAGUGCCGGGAAUGGGGCGGG